AUGGCUAUCUGGGACUCGUUCAGCGGCCGCAAGGCGACCACAACUCAAGAUACCUUCGACCCCAGCUCUGCGCAAGACGUAUCCUCCUUCUUGGGACAGGCAGCAUUCCCAGACCCUUCUCAACUUCACCCUCUCGCCGGCCUCAACCAGGACACGCUUGAUUAUCUCUCGCUAGAAGACUCCGCCUUAGAUGUACUCCCCGGCUCGCGGUCAGCUCUACCCUCAAGGGGCUGGUCUGAUGAUCUCUGUUACGGUGCCGGAUCGACAUACUUGGCUGGACUUACGAUAGGAGGAGCCUGGGGAUUAGUAGAAGGCCUCCAACGGACACCGGCCAACGCUCCCCCCAAGCUGCGUCUCAACGGUGUACUUAACUCGAUUACUCGACGAGGACCAUUUCUGGGAAACAGCGCGGGUGUUGUGGCUAUGGUUUAUAAUGGUAUCAACUCAAUGAUUGGAUAUACUCGUGGCAAGCAUGAUGCAGCCAACAGCAUCGUCGCUGGUGCUUUGAGUGGGAUGAUUUUUAAGAGUACCCGAGGCACACGACCUAUGCUUAUUUCUGGCGGUAUUGUUGCUAGCAUAGCCGGAGCAUGGACUGUUAUCCGAAAGGCUGUUUUCGAGUAA